GAACGAAAUGGCGUUGCCCGGGCUGCGCCAGCUGCUGCCCGCGUGGUGUUCACCAUGGCUUCUCUUCAACUUUCUCACUCCCCCCAACAUUCUCCGCAACUUUGUCCGUCACAAACUCCAGUUCAUCUCGGCCAUCAUGGCGACGCUCCUCCGCCGCGACUCGAAACUCGGCAUCGAGCCAGAGCCCAAGCGACGCAUGGUGCACCUGAAGACGAAGGAGGAGUGCCGCCUCGGGAACGAGACGAUUCAAGUUUGGACCGUUGAGCUGCCUAGCAAGCAUGCUGAAGGGAUUCUGAAGUACCUUACCUCCCUCCAUAUUCACGAGUCUACUCUGAUUUGGAACAGAGUGAUCAAGGACAAUGUCCCUGGUCAAGACACCAUUGACCUGCAGCAUCUCCGUCGAUUCGCAAAACCCAAGUACCUGCCCGAACAUGUCCUUGGCAAACGUGAUCUUGCCAAGGAGAUGUACGCUGUUCCGCGAGCCUGGGAGUCGAUACCAUCCACGGUCAUGCAAGCACCCGGUAGUACCGCGUGGGAGUACUCGAUUCCAGCCAAGCGAAGCGGCGGCAAUCGCCCUGCGACUUUGCACCUGCUCAUCUGUCCCACCAAGAUUAUCGGUCUGAGGGACCUGUACGAGGUGUUGAGAGACCACACGCCAUUCUGCUCCAGCGCCGACUCAUGGGCCUACCCACUGGAGAUCAAAGAAAUCACGGUACCACUUCUCGCACCUACCAGUCCCAAGCAAGCUCAAGACUGGACAAGAGACUACUGGCCAACCUUCUACCGCAAGACGAACCCCUUUGGCGCCCACCCAAGCAGCAUUGAGAAAGCAGAAGAGGAGCUGCAGGCACCUUCAGAAGACAAUAUCAGCGUCGAUCAAGCCUUCGCUCUCGCACGCAAGGCCGGAGAAGAGAAUCGCCGGCUGGGCAUUGGCACCGGGGCAGGCUGUGUCAUCGUCGAGCGCUUCGAGGGCAAGACUGAAGUGAUUGCCGUCGCCGGCGAUGCCAGAUGGGCACCACGAAUCCCCGACAUCCCCGAACCAAACCCAAAGAGCAUCAAGCAAGGCAACAUGAUGGGCCACGCCGUCAUGCGCGCUGUGGGCAUGGUCGGACGCAAGCGUCUCCGAGUCGCCACAACAGCUAUCGCCCGAUCCGCUGCCAAAGCAGAGAGCAACUUCCACAAGGGCGGUUUGUCCGUCGAUCCUGCAGCCCGAGAUGCUUUCUUUGCCGACCUUCCCAUCAACGACCUGGAGCGACGCUACUUUGAGAAAGACAACCUCAAGCCAGAUGGAUAUCUCUGCCUGAAGCUCGAAGUCUUCCUUACCCACGAACCAUGCAUAAUGUGCUCGAUGGGUUUGGUGCACAGUCGAGUUGGACGAGUCAUCUUCAAACACCGUAUGCCAGCCACUGGAGGCUUGACUGCCGAGAUGACUAGGAACGAUUCCGGACCGGUCGGCCUUGGCUAUGGCAUGUGCUGGCGCAAGGAGCUCAACUGGCAGUUCAUGUGUUGGGAGUACAUUCCCGUGGAGGAGAGUGGCACAGUCGACAGGCAGAGCAGCGCUGGAGUUCUCAAGGAUGAGAAGUACCCACCCUCUCCAACAGAGGACACUGAGCCACCAGACUUUAAGAGUGCUAAUGUUACUGUUACUAGCUUUGCGCGCAUGCACGUGUAGAACACUUGUGAUGCAGAAUGGAGCUGGCGGAGCAUGAGUUACGAGAGUAUGAAACAAACGGCAGACCUAGACUACAGCUUGGAGCUUGGUGUGGGCAUGCCGGACUAUGGAAUGUUGCGGUUUAGCGUCGGCGUUGUGAGACUGGAUGGGAGGAGGCCUUGUGGCUCCUUGUUGCUGCUUACAGUGUACGAUAAUGGUGGACAAAGGUUAUGGCGUGGACCAGCGCACAGAUGGCAGCGCUACUUUGUAGACAUGCUUCGAAUGCAUCAGCGUCUACAUUUCACGAAGAUGGUCG